AUGAAGGACACCUGCCUCGGGAAGGUGCAGGCGGCGGGACAGGACUCAGACCCGCUGCUGUAUGGACUUGAAGGAGCACAGGGGGAGAGCCCUUGCCCGACAGAUACGCCUUCUCCCUCCUGGAUGCCUCAGCCUGCCGUUGAUGGGGAUGGAAAUUCACAAAAUGAGGAGUUAUCAGUGGAAAUGAAAAAUGCUUCGAGUGAGGCCAGCCUCUUCCUUCACAAUGGCAACAAAGCGCUUCCAUGUUUGAAAGAAUCAUUACGAAGAAAUUCAGCUUCUGUAGCGGGUCAGAGCAAGACUGUGCAUGUGUUCUGUGCUCCCGCAGAAGAGUGUUCUGCUGGGGUGUGCUGCGGAGUGAGGGAGGCUCUGCUGAAGCACUGGCUGGAAGGAGGGCCCGGGGCCACCAAUCCUGACGGAGGACGGGGCCGCACAGCGGAGUCUCGGGCGUCAGGACGACCGCGCCCUCAGAAGCGGUCAGAAUCAGGGAUUUCUGAGGAGGAACCGCCAAGUGCUCUUCUGGAGGGGCUAGGCUUUGAGUUGGAACUGUCUGACCUGCAUUUCGUCCUCUCUCCACUGCUGCACGCACACCCCCAAGUUUUCCUGAAUGAGACACAAAGUUUUCUUGGCCACUCAGAGCCCCUGUUUUCGGAGCCAACAGUAGAAUCCAAGAAGAUGCUUUCAAGUGUAAGAAGUACCUCGGACGAUCUGCAGAUAAUCCUGGGGUUACUGGCUCUACCAGCUUUUGAAAUAACAAAUUCAAUACGCCAUAGUUAA